GCGCGCUGUUAAAACUCAGAACCGGCUCGUCUACUCGUCGAGCAGUCCCUCUUGUUUCACCACCUCACCUGAGAGUGCCUGUGUCUCCGGUCUCCUCGCGCCCACGCACACCAAACUCGAGCGCGCGCGCCGGCCCGUGCGGUGCCAAAGCCAGACUCAUCCUCCCUGGCGCCCUGAGAGCUCCACGCCGCGCGCGCCGCAGGCCUCGAUCACCAUGAGGCGGCGGCGGUGGGCACGCGUCGCCACUGCGCUGUACCUCGCGAUUGUGGUCGUGCUGCAGCUCGCCGUCGACGUCGCGGCGCACGGGACGCCGUUGUCGUCACUGCGCGCGCACGGUCACGCUCACAGGGGGAGGGAGCUGCCGCCGUCGGCGUCGGUGGCCGUGCACCAUGCUGUGGCAAGGGCUAAAUUGGGUGGCCGCGCCGGUGCGGCUGUCGGCUUCGACGCUGCCGCCGCAGACGCACGGUGCAAGAGCCUCGAGCAAAAGACCGGUGGUGCCGGUGGACGCGCUGCUGCAUGCGGCGACGACGACGAUGACAAGCGACGCAUCCCCACGGGUCCUAACCCUCUGCACAACAGAUGAUCGUGCGAGAAGCAGCACGAAUUGAUGUCCAAGAAGAGGAGCAACCAAUUCAGGGGAAGAACAACAUGCACAGCCAGUGGGCAUGCAGUGAAGCUGUAGCUGUGUUGGUACUCAUCUCCUCUGUUCAUCAUGGACAUGGACUAGAUAGUGAUAUAGUAGAUUAGUAGUAAAUCUUUUUGGAUGUUUAGAUUAUAUCCAUUUAUUUCUUUUUCGAGCUUUUGUCUGCCAGUAUUAUGUAUGUGUAUAUUCUGCCUAGCUGUGUUCUUUUGUUCUAUCGGAAACAAGAAUUGUCCGGCUGAGCUCUUUCCCAGCUUUCCUCCGAGGGGCGAUUGUUUCGAUCCCGGAAACGGGAGAUUCUUCAGUUCAUCAUAUCUGAAUUGCUUCUUUCCUUCCGGCCCAAAAGCUUCACAAGACAUGAUCUUCUGAAGGAAAAGAUUGUCAGCGAUCCGACGAGUAUCUUGUGUAGGGGCCUGUGUGACCAUGACAGAAAGUGCUUUUUAGUUACUCAGAUACACUAUUCC